UGUAGAUACGCAGUCAUUGGCGAAUGCCAAAUGCCAAAUGUUAAAUGUUAUUCGGACCAACCUAGGCACAACCAGCUAUCAGAAGUUAUCAGAGCAAAUCGUACUACAUCAGUCCAGACCUACACCAAAACCAUAUCUCGAAUCAGUCCUUUUAUUUUUUGUGCUACGUUUCUAGAUAGUACCCUGCCAGCCUGCUUACCAUCUAGAUCCUCUGCAGUUUAAAUCUGCGCGCUUCUCGAUACGCGAACGCCAAAUCUCAAAUCUAGAUUACAACGAUAUUCCAUAUCUUUAGGUUUGGGGGUUCCCUCGUUAUCUUAACCUAGGUAUCUGCUUACAUAGAAACUUUAGCUCCUUCGCUGUGAAGUACCUAUCACUUAAACGUGAUUGCAUAAGAGGUCUACUUUACUUAGCUGGGAACCGAAAGACGCUGAGCAGCUCUUCAAGGUUGGCUACUUAAGCGAUGUGUCAACAUUUAGGCGAGGAAGGGCCGUCCGCUGUUUCGGAGCCAAAGCUCCAUGAUGGAUCGGAUGUCUCCGAACCUUUCCCCUGGGACGUUGGAGUCUUCGACGCCCACUGUCACCCAACUGACACGAUGACGUCGAUAGCAAGUAUACCGGACAUGAAAGCACGUGCUCUGACCGUCAUGUCCACACGAUCCCAAGACCAAGACCUUGUGGCCAAUGUAGCCUCUAAGUUGGGUGUUAAAGACUCGGACUCGUUUGCCUCGUCGUCUUCCGCAGAAUACCGUCUAGUUCCCUGUUUUGGUUGGCACCCUUGGUUUUCUUACCAAUUCUACGACGACCUCUCUGCUAGCCAAACCUAUGAUGGAACACCAUCUGGCAAAAUUUCACAUUACGAUAAAGUGUUAACCCCGUCGCCUUCAUCAAAAGAUGUAUCCUUUAGCGAGGGUCUUCCGGAGCCGCGGCCCCUUUCCGAAUUUCUGCGGGAGACCAAGUCUCGCCUUGAACAAUAUCCUCUUGCCCUCGUUGGUGAAGUCGGCUUAGAUAAAGCAUUUCGGCUUCCCCAAAGCUGGACGUCGGCCCACGAAGUUCAACGCGAUGCGGGUGUUACGCCCGGCGGCCGCGAAGGCAGAACACUUAGCCCUUACCGAGUGCAGAUAACCCACCAAGCUGCAAUUCUCGAAGCCCAGCUGCGGCUCGCGGGUGAGAUGGGCCGUGCGGUAAGUGUCCACGGAGUUCAGGCGCAUGGUGUGGUUUAUGAUACCAUAGCCAAACUCUGGAAAGGACACGAAAGACCAGUAACAUCGAGAAGAGAGAGGAAACAGAUUGCUGAAGGGGCGGAAGAUUUCUCCAGUUCAUCUUCAGAUGAAGAUGAAGAUUAUGCCACGUGGAUUAACAGGAGAAAAGAAAGAGCUGCGAAACAGGGUCGUAUUAAACCGGGACCGAAACCUUACCCCCCGCGGAUUUGUAUGCAUUCUUUCAGUGGUCCUGUUGAUGUUGUUAGGCAAUAUCUUCAUCCCUCAGUACCAGCAAAGGUUUUCUUCUCGUUCUCAAUCGUGAUAAAUUGGAGCACUGGAGGUGGAGACAAGGCCGAGGAGGCAAUCCGCGCCAUCCCUGAUGAUCGUAUAUUGGUUGAGAGUGAUCUACACACGGCGGGUGAACAGAUGGACCAGUAUCUAGAACAAGUAUGCAGGAAGAUAUGUAAGGUCAAGGGAUGGGAACUGCGUGAGGGGCUUGAGAAACUGGGUAGGAACUGGAACGAAUUCAUUUUCGGGUAGUUACAUAGUAUCUAAUAAUGUUUCUUGUGGUUCAUCCGAGAGAAAUAAUCCACGACUCCUCCAUAGUAUAUAGAGUUGAUCAUGACUCGUCACAAUUUGAUAUAACUUCUUCGGUCUUCGGUUUCCGGAAUAUUGCUUUGCUGAACCAGUCUGAGAUAACUUAGGAUAUCGAAUUGUACUUUGGCAUAAGGUCUACUAGAACGAAAACCGUUGUUAAUAAUUUGUAUCCGAUAGUGGGCGUUGUAAUAGUAAAAAGGCGAAUUUAG